AUGAUUGAAAACUACAAAGACUGGCAUGAACAAUUGCCUUAUGCAUUACGGGAUAUCGUACUCUUUGUCGAACUUCAAUCCACUCCAUACCUGUUGGUGUACGGAACUGAAACAAUAAUACCAGCCGAAGUAGAAUUUCCUUCACUUCGGAUAAUACAAGAAGCUGAGUUGGAUGAUGCGGAAUGGAUCCGCAAAAGGUAUGAACAACUGGCUUUGAUAGAUGAAAAGUGGAUGAUUGCUGUUUGCCAUGGCCAAUUGUACCAACAAAGAAUGGCGCGAGCUUUUAACAAGCAUGUGAGAACUAGGAUUUUUCAAAUCGGGCAAUUGGUGCUCGAACAAAUAUUCCCUAAUCAAGAAGAAUACAAAGAAAAGUUCGCACCAAAUUGGCAAGGCCCCAAUAUGGUACGAAAGGUACUAUCAGGAGAAGCUGUGGUACUUGCAGAAAUGGUUGGUCAAAAAUGGCCAAGGGCAAUAAAUUCAAAUGUCAUCAAGAGAUACUACGUGUGA